AUGUCUGCUGAUGAUAAGAUGAAAUCGACGAUGGUUCAUUCGUUUCAGGAAUGCAUGGCCAAAGGCGGACGAAUUGUUAAAUGUCAACCAAAUGCAUAUGCGACAAAUCAUUAUGCAGUCCGGGUCAGAAUGCCGAACGAUUUCGAAAAGUUUUUCCCAAACGUCAUUGAAGAACACGUUAAACCUUUCUUGGAUGGUGAUAAUCUUCCAUCAGCUCAAUCAGGGAACGCUGCGAAACAAGAUCAAGAAUUGAGUUCGGAAGGUGAAAACGAAUCGUCUGAAAAAUCUGGAUUAAGAACUAAUUUCUUGAAUGCCAUGCAUAAUGGUGGCGUUAUUAUUGAAUAUCACAAGAACAAGCGAGGAAAUUACAC